CACCUGCUUACUUUACCACAUUUAUAUGCAAAGAGAGAGGGAGCUUUGGUUCUCAUGGUUGUUCCACAGUAACACCCACAAUAUGCUACUCUACUAAACUAAUUACUCACUCCCAACUCCCAACUUUUGUCUGAAAUUUUUGCUUCAAAAUUGCUUCUUUUUCCUUUUUUUUUUCUCUUUUCCUGUACAAGUAUUUGACUGUGUGUGUGUUCAGAGAUGCAAUUUAACAGCAGUGAAGCUCCUCAAACAAGAUACCCUUCAAUUCAUUACUGAUCAGUAAGGUUUCCACUUCUUAUUCCUUCAGCUUAAAAUUCUUUAUGAUUUGUUUUCCACUGCAAAGUAUGGACCUUUUGUUUUGUUUUGUUCUUGGUUUUUGUUGAGUUGAGUUUUCUUGCUUUUCAACUCUGUUAUUUAUAUACAGUCUUUUGUUAAUGUUAAUGUUAUGUAAUGGGUAUAUAACUGUUUUCCCAGAUACUCUGUCUUUCUAUUUUGUUGUGAUUUUCAGUGAAUUCUUUGUUUUGUUUUGUGUAUGUGACUGUUUUCUUCGAUACCCAUUUUUGUAAAUCUCGUAAAGCUUCAAGAUUUGGUGAAAAGUUUGUACAUUUAUGGUUAAUGAAAAGAAUGUAAAAAAAAAAAAUUGUAUUGUGUGAGGUGUAAGUACUAGGACCACAUGGUGUCUUUGGGAGUUUCUUUUCUUUGAUUCCCCCCCUCCACCUGUUUUGUUUGGUUGGUGAGAAACUAGAGGAAGAAAGAAAGUUCAAAGCUGCUCUGAAUAGUUGACUGUCUUUUCUUUUUGUAUGUUCUUAGUUGUCUUGGAAACCUAACAAUAUUUUGUCUGGAUAAUCAUGUAAUCAAUUAUGUUAAUUGACACUUGGGUUUUGUUUAACUUUUGGUUCUGUAAUUAUCAAUAGUUUGUAACAGAAAAAAUGGAAAGAAAAGUUGUCUUUUUGAAACUUUUGCAAUUAUGUUUGGUUUUUAUGGUGGAAAACAUCAUUAUUUUGUCUAUUCAACUGUACUAAUUACUCCUUUACUUUAGGGAGGAUGUUGCAUUAUUAUGAUUUUCACGUUUAUAAAGGUAAGAAUAUAAUAUGGACCGGAGUAGACACAAUCCAAUGGUUCGAUGUUCAUGUUCAACACCAUCCGAGGAAUCAGCUUUAGACCUUGAGAGGAACUGUUGUAGCCAUUCUAAUUUGCCUUCUUUAAGUCCACCAACAACACUUCAACCCUUUGCCUCGGCUGGACAGCAUUGUGAGAGUAGUGCUGCUUACUUCUCGUGGCCUACCUCAAGUCGAUUGAAUGAUGCUGCUGAAGAAAGGGCUAACUAUUUCGCGAAUCUACAAAAGGGAGUACUACCUGAGAAUCUUAACAGAUUGCCAAAAGGUCAGCAAGCGACUACGUUGCUUGAACUUAUGACUAUAAGAGCAUUCCAUAGCAAGAUCUUGCGUUGUUACAGUCUGGGAACAGCAAUUGGGUUUCGAAUUCGUCGUGGUUUGUUAACAGAUAUACCAGCUAUUCUUGUCUUUGUUUCCAGAAAAGUGCACAAGCAAUGGCUCAGCCCCAUCCAAUGUCUACCCACUGCGUUAGAGGGCCCUGGAGGAGUAUGGUGUGAUGUUGAUGUUGUUGAAUUUUCAUAUUUCGGUGCCCCUGAGCCUGCUCCCAAAGAACAAUUGUACACAGAGAUUGUUGAUGACUUGCGUGGAGGUGACCCGUGCAUUGGCUCAGGUUCUCAGGUGGCAAGCCAGGAAACAUAUGGAACUUUGGGUGCUAUAGUAAGAAGCCAAACUGGGAAUCGACAAGUUGGCUUUCUCACAAAUCGUCAUGUUGCUGUUGACUUGAACUACCCGAACCAGAAGAUGUUUCAUCCUCUGCCUCCAACACUCGGACCUGGAGUUUAUCUCGGUGCAGUGGAGAGAGCCACCUCAUUUAUCACUGAUGAGCUUUGGUAUGGCAUCUUUGCUGGAAUAAACCCAGAGACAUUUGUGAGGGCAGAUGGAGCAUUCAUUCCUUUUGCUAAUGAUUUUGACAUGUGCACUGUUACUACAUCUGUUCGAGGCGUGGGAGAGAUAGGUGUUGUCAAAAUAAUAGAUUUGCAGUCACCGAUCAGUACCCUUAUCGGGAAGCAGGUGAUGAAAGUUGGAAGAAGUUCUGGCUUGACUGCUGGAACUGUUUUGGCGUACGCCCUUGAAUACAAUGACGAAAAAGGUAUUUGCUUCUUAACCGACUUUCUUGUUGUUGGUGAGAAUCAACAGACAUUUGACCUUGAAGGGGAUAGUGGUAGCCUUAUAAUACUAAAAGGUGAGAACGGUGAGAGACCACGACCGAUUGGGAUCAUAUGGGGAGGAACUGCUAACCGAGGACGAUUGAAAUUGAAAAUUGGUCAACCUCCUGAGAAUUGGACUAGUGGAGUUGAUCUCGGGCGUCUUCUAAAUCUCCUCGAUCUUGACCUCAUCACCACUGAAGAAAUGCUUAAAGUGGCAGUACAACAGCAGAGAGCUGCCUCAGCAACUGUGAUAGGAUCUACCGUCGGUGAUUCCUCAACAACCCCCGAUAGAAUCCAUCCAAAGGAAAAAGCUGAGAAAUUUGAGCCAUUGGGACUCCAAAUUCAGCAUAUCCCAUUAGAUGUUGAACCCAGCAGCCCAGCAAGGAAUUCAUUCUACGUAGAAACAAAAUUCCAGGUAGAAGAAGGGCCCGAGGAAGCCCCAAUCCCAAGCGUAGAACACCAAUUCAUUCCAAGCUUCCCUAGAAGAUCCCCACUUCACCAUAACAGUCUCAAGGAAAGAGUAGCAUCAGAGAAUCUUUCGUUGUUACGAAAUGGCUGCGGUGAAGACUUCUGCGUCUCGCUUCAGCUUGGGGACAACGAAGCCAAGAGGAGGCGUUCGGAUGCUUCCACUAGUGCUGAAGAACCAAAAUAACUUGGAUUUUGUUGUUGUUGUAGUUGGGUUUGAUGAUAUGAUAUGAUACCAUGUUGUAACAUUCUAACCAUUGGGUGAUGUUGUUAAACUAAUGUUAAAAGUGUAAAUUCUUAGGCUCAAAACAAGGGCCCUAGAGUGGAGUACACUGUACACAUACUUGGAAGCUCUCUUGUAUCACCAUUUUCAUUCAUGUCAACUUCCUUCUACUUUAAUUAGAAAUUUUGUUUAAGAAGUUAAUUCAGCU